UUAUUUUACCCAAUAUUUAAUAAAAUGAUAUAACUUGUUAACAGAUUUAACUAUUUGGAAUGCCCUUUGUAAUUUCAUCAGCUCCUUUGAUUUAAUUCAUUGAUAGAACAAUGAUAGAAGCCCGCUGGUUUUUGAAAUCAAUCGCACGCUUAUUAGACAACUGUAAGAACAUUAGAGACCUUAAACAAAUUCAUUGCCAAAUCAUAACAUCACCAUACUUGUCCAAAUCAGAUCAUCUCUUCCUCAUUUCUCGUCUCAUCUUCUUCUGCGCUGUUUCAUCUUCGGGUUCUCUCAGUUAUGCUACUCGUGUUUUUCGAGUCACCGAUAACCCCAAUCUCUUUAUCUACAACGCCAUGAUCAGAUCAUAUUCUUGUGAAUUCAGUAACAAAGACGAAAAACCACGCUCCCUAAUUUUGUAUAAGCAAAUGUUGCAAAAUUGCAUUGUGCCAGAUUGUAUAUCUAUCCCCUUCCUCUUAAAGGAAUGCAUGGGCAGACUUGAUUUUGUGGCGGGUCAAACCAUUCAUGCUCAUUCUGUUAAGUUUGGGCUCGACGAUGAUGUGUAUGUGCGGAAUUCAGUGAUUGGUUUUUAUUCCUCCUGUGGGGUUUUAACAUGUGCACGAAAGGUGUUCGAUGAAAUGUCUAUGAGAGAUAGUGUAUCUUGGAACUCAAUCAUUACCGGAUGUUUAAGAAACGGGGAGCUUGAUAUGGCAGUCGAUCUGUUUGCCAGGAUGAAUAAGAAAAAUAUUAUCACUUGGAACUCUGUAAUCACUGGAAUGGUUCAUGGAGGUAGACCUAAGGACGCCAUUGAUUUCUUUAACAAAAUGCUUGUAUUACCGGAUAAGGACAUUGUUUACCCUGAUAAGAUCACUUUGGCUAGUGUCAUUUCAGCUUGUGCAUCGUUAGGGUGGCUUGAUCAUGGCAAGUGUGUUCAUAGUUACAUGUUGAGAAAUGGAAUCGAGUGUGACAUGAUAACUAAAACAGCAAUGGUGGACAUGUAUGGAAAAUGCGGAAAUGUAGAUAUGGCAAUAAGGGUUUUCAAGAAUAUCCCCAAAAAAGAUGUAUUGGCUUGGACAUCAAUGAUAUCAGUGUAUGCUCUUCAUGGGUAUGGCAAUGAAGCUUUUAAUCUUUUUGACAAUAUGGUUGCAUGUGGGACAAGACCAAAUCCAGUAACUUUUGGUGCUUUAUUAACAGCAUGUGCUCAUUUAGGUUUAAUAGAUAAAGGUCGUUGGUAUUUCAACAUUAUGAAAACUGUGUAUCUGAUUGAGCCAACAGUUCAACAUUAUGCUUGCAUGGUUGAUAUUCUUGGUCGAGGUGGACUUUUUGAAGAGGCUGAAAGGUUAAUUACUAUUAUGCCCAUGGAUCCAGAUGUUUUUGUGUGGGGUGCAUUACUUGGAGCUUGUCAAAUGCAUGGGAAUAUAGAGCUUGGAGAAAAGGUUGCCAAACAUGUGAUAAGUUUGGAGCCUUUAAAUCAUGCUUUUUAUGUUACAUUAUGUGAUAUGCAUGCGAAAUCUGGUAAAUUUGAUGAAUUGGAGAAUAUUAGGGCUAUUAUGGAUGUGAGAGGGCUUAAAAAGGACAUACCAGGUAACAGCAUGAUUGAAGUUGAUGGCAUUGUUUAUGAGUUUUCAAUAAAAGGAUCGUCUGAGGUCAUGAUGGAGGAGAUUAAAAGUUUCUUAUGUCAAUUAAGUAAAGAAAUGAAGGUAGAUCAAAUACACUUCACCAUUUGAGGAAAAAUUAUGAAAAGUAGCAAUGUACUUAGACAAUGUAUUUAUUAUUCACCCAUAAAAGCAGCAUAAUUACAUUUUUUACCCAUAAUAGCUAGAUACUUUCAUUUUUUUAUUGAUAAAAAUAAGUAAAUUGCAACUUAUAAAUUUUUUACCAUUGUUAAAUUACAUAUUGUUGGUAUUGAUAAAAAAAAGUACAUUUCUAUCAUGGGUAAAAAAGUAAGCUCGUCGCCGUUAGGGAUAAAAAAUGUAAGUAAAUUGCUAUUAUGGGUAAGAUAUAAAGUGCGUUUUAUAAAUUUUAUGUUACAUGUUGCUAUUAUCGUAAAAAUGUAAAUAUGCUACUAUCAUGAAUAGAAAAAUAUAAGUAUAUGUUGCUAAUAUGGGUAAAGAGUAAAGUACAUUGCCUAUAUUGUUAGGGAGAUUAAAUAAUGUUGUCAUUUCCUGCAAUUUGAUGAAAACUAUUAUGGUUAUGUUUUAAGUACAUAAAACAAGUAUAACUAGAUUUUUAUUUUUAUUUUGAACGGCAAGAAAAAGAAAAAAAAAAAAACAACUUGCCAAUGAAUAUGUUAAAGUCAACAUCAGCAUAUGGCAUAGAUAAACAUCAAAAUCAUCACGUCAA